GACGAAGCAUUUCGCUCUCACUGAUGUCCUCCGACGUUCUGCUGGAAGAAUUUGAGGUGCUAGAGUCAAUCUACCCUACAGAGCUCUCCAAAUUAUCCGAAAGGGACAUCCGCAUAGAUGUCGAACCGGAGGAGACCACAGAUGGCGGCGACGAACUCAAACUUACACUCAGUGUGCAUUAUACCGAUGACUACCCUGAUACCUUGCCAGACGUAUCCAUAGAAGCAAUAGAAGGGGAUCUCGGCGACGAUGAGAUUGCAGGUAUUCUAAGUGGUUUGAAAUCCGUCGGCGAGGAAAAUCUGGGGAUGGCAAUGACUUUCACGCUGGUUACUCAUUUGCGUGAGCAAUUACUGGAAUUGGUACGCUCCAGAAUGGAGCGCAAGAAACAGGUGGAGUCAGAGAAGGAGAGAUUAGCCAUCGAGGCCGAGGAAGCACGUACGCGAGGAACGCCAGUUACCCUCGAAAACUUCAAAGCAUGGAAGGCGAAAUUUGAUAAAGAGCUAGCAGAGAAGAAAGCAAAAGAAGACGAUGAGAAGCUAAAGGCGCUGUCGCUAAAAGAACGUGAAGAGUACAAGAAACUUGGAACAAGAUUAACAGGACGGCAACUCUUUGAACGUGACAAGAGCUUGGCAGUCUCGGAUGCCAGUCUUCUAGAGGAAGGUACUGUCUCGGUUGAUAUCAGUCAGUAUGAGCGUUCUGCAACGCCAGACGAGGAGGAGGAAGAAAGCGGAGCGACUUUCAGCGAUAGCGACUAAAAACUAUAACUCUAGUGUAUAUUCGAGUGUAUGCAUCAGGCUCAUCUAUAACAUCUCUAUCAUCCUCAGAAAUAAGGAUUAUUACGUGGGGGAUUCUCU